GUUGUCAACUGACCAGCGCGCUCCCAACUGCUUCAAUAACUGCAAUCUUCUGGAGGGCACUGGCAGCCAUAAUGGAGUGCGGCCGUUCCGUCUGUCACUAACAGUUAAGGCAUGGAUCGCAGUCAAAAAACGCAUCAGCCAGACACUUUGUAUAAACGCUGCUGUGGCGCUCAAUAUUUAAGAGCCAUUAAGGUAAUUACUCUAUAGACUCUUCUGAUGAAUACAUGGAGACUUUGGGGCAGAAGGAAAAUAGUAGCAGCUUUGGCCAGUUCACCCGCGCAGACGAUAAUUUGAUUAAAGUCAUCGUGCCCACCAUGGACGCGCUGAUUCUGGUGACCGGCCUUGUGGGACAAACCCUUGUCAUAAUCAUUCUUAACGGCAGGAGGAGAAAAGAAAGUCAACCUCCACACGGCACAGACACGCUGCUGCUGGCGCUGAGCGCCGCUGACCUGCUGCUGCUGCUGUGUCUGCCCUUCCACACGUCCGCCAUCACUCUGGGCUACUGGCCUUUUGGCACCUUAAUGUGCAAAGCCAUCAGCUUCCUGGGCGUGGCCUGCUCCGCAGCAUCGGUCUUCACUCUGGCAGCCCUGGCUGUGACGCGCUACCUCACCGUGGUCCACUCCACCUGUGCGUACCGUCUGAGGAUGCACAGGCGGAUAAAGCUGGCGGUGAUCCUGCUCUGGGUCCCCGCCUCGGCUCUGGCGGCGCCUCAGUUUGCCUUUCGCACUGUUACUGUGUCCAGCGCUGUUUACUGCUUUGCCUUCCUGUCUGAAUUCAGCCAGCUGGUCUACAGCUUAGCUCUGUUCCUGUUUGGCUUCGCUCUGCCACUGGGCAUCAUCGUGCUGAUGUACGCCAAGAUCUACUGCUUUCUUCGACACGCACGGCUGCUGGGAAACGCUCCCCAGCUGGAACGCUACCAGAGCCAGGUCACUCACACUUCAGCUCUCCUGGUCCUGGUCUUCACUCUUCUGUGGCUGCCCUCCUACGCCCUCAUGUUCUCCUUCAUUGGCGGGACAGUAUCAAACUCACCCGGCUACAACACAGUUGCCGUUCUGGCCAGGACGUUGGCAUCAUCAGCAGCAGUGGUGAACCCACUACUGUACGGGUUUGUGUCUCAGAAGUUUAGACGAGAACUACGAGAGCUGGGGAGAGAACGUUGGGCUUGGUGUAAAAGCUGCCUGAUUGGUUGUCCUGACCUCUUCAACAGCGACAUGGUUCAACCGUUCGAGCUGGACACAACCUCAGAGAGAGGACAACCCUGAACCUCUGAGCAGAAGAGGAAGAAAAAAAAAAAAACCUAGGCUACCCCAAUAUUUACUAUUUAAAGACUAAUAAUAAUAUAUGUGGGCAAAUCUAUGUAAUAUUUAUAUUUUAUGUUAUAUUACUUUAUCUGAGAUUAUGCAAAAUGUAAAAUGGAAUAUACUUGAUUUUACUGUUACAAAUAAAUCUAAUCAUGAAAAACUUUUCAUUUUAUAGCUAAAAAAUUAAAAUCUGAAAGGAGCCUAUAAUGUAACCUGAAAUCUUUGUUGUUAUUCUUUUUUUCAGAAAAGAAGGUCUUAAAGACACAAAUCUACAUAGAAGAAAUUUUAAAAAGAACAGUUUUGACCUAAAUAUAGGACUCGCAUUAAAAGUAAUUAAAAAUUGGUUUUAUAAUUGUUGCAAUUUCAUUAGAAUAAUAAUUAUCUCUAAAGAAAACCAUUUAUAAUUAAACCAAAUGAAAAAAGGGUAAAUAAAAAAAUAAAUAUAUUUUUAGUGUAUUUUAAUAGAGAGUAGAAAAGUAAAGUGUUGUUACGCUCCUAAAUUCAAGAAGCAGCAGCUGUGUGUGUGUGUGUGUGUGUGUGUGUGUGUGUGUGUGUGUGUGUGUGUAUACAGUGAAUCCUCAGAAGUGCUUCGUUUGUCAAAAUGUGCCUUAAUGAAUGUUUUCAGUUUCCAGAGGCUGAGGGACAACAUGCAGUUACACCACAGACUCUGCUGCUUUACCCUGUGUGUGUGUGUGUGUGUGUGUGUAAAAAGGUUGACUGCAGCAAAGUUGCAGAUUAAGACUUCGUGUAACUGUUGACUCCAC